AUGGCCCAUGCCGCAUUCAAUGAUCUCGGAUCGGAGACUGACGAUGUGUCCGUCAUGGAACAAGCCAUACUUCUCGCGUCACAGCCGAGCUCUCGCCAUGCAGUGUCCGACAUCGUCCAGCGCGGGCUCAAACGUGCCUGCGCGAGGAACGCGAUCCACGUGCUCCAAUACGUGCUUGAACACGGCCCCGAUGUCGAGAAAUUGAUUGCCAAAGACAUCUUGAUCAACGACGAGCCUACCAAACCCUCGCAGGAGGUGCUCGAGAUUCUCGUCGCUCAUGGAUGGGACAUCAACAGUCGAGGCGACAGCUGGCCGUUGCUUUGGUUCGUCGUGGAAUAUCCCGAUCUUGUGGAGUGGUGCUUGGACCAUGGCGCGAAAGUCGAUGUUCCUGACGACUUGUCUCGUGGAAGCUCACCGCCGCCCACAAUCCUGGGCCUGGCCGCUUCAUCGGGCAGUGUUGAGACCUUUGAGCUGCUACGAAGGAGAGGUGCUCCGCUGGACCGACGCACGCUGCACCUCGCCGUCGAGAAAGCAACAUUGCUGGCCUCGAGAGGCACAAGUCAGCCCUACACAGACCGAAUGGCCAUGGUGCGACAUCUGAUUGACGUCGUCAAGCUUGAUGUCAAUGCCAUCGAACAUCGCGUUGGCGAUCAAUGCAGCACACCGCUCUGCUAUCUUGCUCGCCGUCCGAACAGCGACAGCCAUCGAGAGCUGAUCAACUUCUUGCUGGAUCGCGGUGCAGAUCCAGAGAUGGAUUGUGGAACGGAAGGGGGUAUCGACUGGCCGCGUCCAAUCGAUUGCGCAGAGUCUUGCGGUAAUCUGGAAUUUCUACACGCCGUACAGGAGUGGCGAGGCAGGCAGCAAGGCGACGGGUCGAGCGAGAGCAUUUAG